UUGGUUUUUCUGAUUCCUGAAUUCUUCUUUUAAAAAAAAAAACAAACAAAUUUUCCUGGAAAAUUUACAGAGAAAGUGGAUGUUUUUUAGCUUUGGCUUCUCCGUUCUCACAUUUGCCGGAAUUUCGCUUUUCUGAGCAGCAAACUGUAACAAGAGGUUUCUUGCGUUUGAUCAAUCCAUUUUGGCAUGGUUCCUGAAAUAUGGCGCUGCAGAAGAGGUUAGACUAUGGAUUUAAUGGCUACGAAGCACCAGCUGUUCCACGAGCUACCCGAACAACUAGAAGGAGAACCAAAUUUCAAAGAAGAGUCCAAGAUGAUCAAAUGUGUGCCAUUGAUUUAUUGGCCACCCUAGCAGGUAAAUUCUUUUUCCAAGAUAAAGGGAAUCCAACCAUGCCUAGUGAUGCAUCAACAGAUAAGGAUCAGCAUGGAUUUGUUGAAGGGUGCCAAGAUUCAGACAAACCUCUCAAAGAUGAGCUUUUUUACAAACAAAGUUUUGACAACAACCACUUCCCUCACUUUUCUUCACAAACAAACAAACAAAAUUGCCCAUUGAAUGAACUCCAAAAUCACGAAAUUGAUGUCCAUUUAGGCAAUGCUUCUGUAAUAAUAAGUUCCUGUAGCUCAGAAAGGCUAGUUUCUGAGAAAUUAGUGGAUGCCAAAUGCCCUAACAAAAUGAAAAAUUUUACUAGCAAAGACAUAUUAGGUUCUUCUGGUCAUCCAGUGGUUAAUUGUUGUAAAUUAGAUGGUGAAAGUAAAACUAAUAAACUAAAGGAUAAGCUGCAUAAGCUUGAGAAGGUUUCAAUUGAUCUUGGGACUAAGAUGUGUGGUUUUGAGGAUCCACCAACUGAAAAGCCUCCUACACGGAUCAGUUUAGGUAGCAAAGCCAAGUUGUCUAAGUAUGUUGACAUAUUUUCCUAUAGCUCAUUGCCCAAAGGCUGUGACAAUGUGUCAGCAGUUAGAAGAGAUGAUGACGAAAACUUUUCUGGGUCCACUCACCCUUGUACAAAAACGAAGUCCUUUAUGCCAGUGACUGGUAUACAUGGUAGAAGACUAAGGAAAUUAUUGAGUUGUAAAUACAGCAAAAUUGCUCAGGAGUUGAAGAAUGAUACACUUGCUAGCAGUGAUGAAACUUUGAAGCCAACUUACUCUAGUAAGAAGAACUACUAUAAACGCCAAAGAUCUCAGAUGAAUAUUCCUUUCAAAAAGCGGAAGCAGUUUCAUUGUAGCUCUGUUUCAAAUUCCAGUGGAUUUAUCAGAAGUGCUGACAUUUAUUAUUCACCUGAGAGUGACUGUGGAAUACCAGUCUUGGAAUCUCCACUAGGAUGUAGAAGAGGUGAUCCUGUGAAUAUUAGGAUCAAGUCAUUUACAGUCCCAGAGCUUUUUAUUGAGAUUCCAGAAACUGCUACCGUAGGAUCCUUGAAGCGGACAGUUAUGGAUGCAGUAACUACUGUGCUUGGAGGUGGAUUACAUGUUGGUGUCGUUCUUCAAGGAAAGAAAGUUAGAGAUGACAGUAAAACUCUACUUCAAGCUGGAAUAUCCCAUGAUAACCAGUUGGAUGCUUUGGGUUUCACAUUGGAGCCUAAUGUUUCACAAAGGCUACCACCUCUACAUGCUUCAACAUCGCAUUCUCUAAUAAGGUAUCCUUCCAAUCCAGCUGUAACUCAUCAGAGGACUCGAGGUAUUUCUGACAUGUUAAUUGAUCAUCAAGUAACCAGUUUAGGUAACCAUGUUGAAAGUGAGCAUGAUUCAGCACCUUCUCUAAUCAACAAAGCUAAGGAGAAGAGUACCGUAGAUUCUAAACCACUGAUUUCUUUUCCUGAAAUGAGUAAGGAUGAAAAAGUUAUGAUACCUGUGGUCCAGAAGUCAAAGCCAUCUGAGAUUUUGCAGCGGCGAAUUCGUCGGCCUUUUUCAGUUGAUGAAGUGGAGGCACUGAUUCAAUCAGUUGAGAAAUUGGGAACUGGAAGGUGGCGCGAUGUUAAAUGUCAUGCUUUCGGUAACGUGGACCAUCGGACAUAUGUGGAUUUAAAGGAUAAGUGGAAAACACUGGUGCACACGGCAGGAAUAUCCCCUCGGCAAAGAAGGGGAGAGCCUGUUCCCCAAGAUCUUUUGGACAGGGUCCUAAAAGCACAAGCAUAUUGGUCCCAGCACCAAACUAAGCAACAUCACAAAACUAACCUCUUAGAUCAAGGGUUGCCAAUAGGACCUGGCUAUGUACAUGGGAUAACUGCAUAGGUUUCUGUCUAAAUUUCAUUGAGCUGUCAUUUAGUUUUGUAAUUAUAAUAUAUCCUUGUUCAAAGUUUAUUAUGUAAGUUAAUGAUGCAAUAGAUAGCUGGUUAACACAAUUCUUAUGAUGUUAAUGUUACUGUAAAUAUAUUUAAGUUGCUUGUUAUGUGGGUGUGUUUUUUACCACUUGACAUUGAAAUC